AUGAUUGCAGAUGUGGCCAAUCCAGAAAAUUCCAUCGUCCUCAACAACAACUGGUCGAUCCCCAUUCCAUCAUAUCAAGGAAAUUAUGGAGUUCACUACGCUGUUCAGGCUGUUCGAGCCACUUCUGCACUACAAACCCAGACUCUCGCUCUCUAUCCUGACCAUCCAUCUAUGGUUGGUUCUGGUUUGGAUUCAAGCACCUCAUUACUUCUCACCUUCUCAGGGAAGCCUCCAGUCCUGGAGACUGGGUUCUGGAACAUAUGUGCCUACAACGCAGAGUUGGAUCUCAUAGCCAACCCUCUGGAUAGAUAUGGCAUCGGGAGCCGAGUUUUCAACAUGACGUAUGCCAAUGGUGAGAACGUGUAUGGACCGAACGCAAGUGCUGGAGACGGAGUAUUCCAGAUUCUAGUUCAGGACAAGGCAUAUCCUCCCCCGACCAACUGGACUGGAAACUGGCUGCCAGUUGAGGAUGGAUUCUCGCUAUCAUUCCGCAUUUACGGUCCCUCUGAAGUCCUCAAAGAUGGGUCCUACGUUUGGCCAAAUGUCAAGAGAAUCCCAAUCCUCAGCGUGUAG